UCUUCUGCAGGACAGAUUCUGCAUCCCACAUGAACUACGAAAAUCCUCCACCUUACCCUGGCCCGGGCCCGACCGCCCCUUACCCACCCUAUGCACAGCAACCAGGUGGUCCUCCUGGCCCGUACCCAGGCUAUCCUCCCGGACCUACUGGGCCGUACCAGCCAGGCCAGCCAGGUUAUCAAGGUUAUCCCCAGUAUGGAUGGCAAAAUGCACCUCCACCUCCAGGACCAGUGUAUGCAGAUGGGCCUAAAAACACAGUGUACGUCGUGGAGGAGCGGCGGAGAGACGAUACAGGCGAGAGCGCCUGCCUGACGGCAUGCUGGACUGCACUCUGCUGCUGCUGCCUCUGGGACAUGCUGACCUGACUCCACUGCAGCUGCCUCCGGUACCUCUCACUGAGUGCUAUGCAGGCUCCCCACUCCUGUCCUGACUUCUUUCUGUUACUGUAAUCAAUGCUCUGCUUUGCACGACCAAGAGUUCCUGUCUGUCAGUCCUAGCGCCUUGUUGGGGUGGGGGGUGCACUCCUUUAUUUUAGUAAAGGAAAAAUCCCUUUUUAACAUUUCUAAGACACUUGUAAUUUUGAAGAAUGUGCUAAUGGUAUAUUUCAGCCAAAGGCAUUCUGAUGAAAUGUAUAUUUAUCAGUUGAAAUUUUCCUAGUCCUAGAAAUGAAGAUGUAUGCAAUAAUUAAAGCCAACAGUUGAUUUUCUUCGCUAG